GAAAAGAGGGAUAUGAUGUCUGCUUUGUCUGUGGUAGCUUUGGGAUUGCUCCAUCCCCAGCACUCUGUGGGUUCUCCUUCCAUCUUUAAACAUUUGACAGCAGAAACUAGCUACCAGGAAAACUCAUCAGUAUCCCACUGGGGAUGUGAGUUGAACAGCACUGCCCGUUCCUUCACUUUUCAAGUGAGCGAAGAAGAUGACUCUGACCAUUUCCUAAUUCUGAGUACGGUUUGCCUGUCAGCAAAUGCCAAGGAUGAAUGCAACAUUGUGGAGCUUGUUGGGCAUGACUAUCAGAACAAGGAGAUUGCUGUACCAGUGGCCAACCUGAAGUGGUCAUGCCAGCCCAUGGUGGCUUUGCAGAACUUUGAACUCCAGCCCCCAGUGACAUUCCGGCUGCGCUCAGGAUCAGGGCCUGUUCACCUUUCAGGACGUCAUCAAAUCUUUCACAGAAAGGAUCUCUCAGAAUUCAGCGAGGAGGAAGAAAUUAGCGAAGAAGAUGAAUCUAUUGAAGAGGAGGAGGAAUUCUCCCCUUUGAAGCCAGCCAAGAAGCAACGGACGUCAUAGUUUGGAGGUACAUGGUGGUGGAGAGGAUCUCAAAGCCUAAGGUGCAAAAGAAUAUACCCACCAUAAGUAGAAAGCUUAUGGGUUUCUAAAAAUAGUCUUCCUUACAGCUUUAAUGGACAUAUUUUCAUAGUUGUUAUCAUAGUAGUGUCACUGAACGUUCCAAAUAUGAAAAUAUCCUUUUCAAAUAAACUGGCAGGACAGGAAGGCAGAGUUGGAUAGGUUGAGAAUCAUACAACAAUGCUUGAUGUUGCUGGACUGCAGUAACCAGCAUCCCUAAGCUGCAUAACUGGCAGAAUCUGGCAGAUUCUGCCAUGUGUUUUGUUGUUGUAUUAAUUUGGUGAAUGUAGUGCAUAAAUGUUUGUAUGUUUUAAUUGGGAGUGAUGGGAGUUAAAAUGUUCUACUGUUAAUUUAAAGAGAAGAUAACUGCCUGGAUGAAGAAUGCACAGGUGUGUGGGAGAAUUGUCGGGGGGGGGGAGUAGAGGCAAAAGUUAAAUUGUGAAUGGUGGUUGACAGUUAAGGCUGGGUAUAGAGAUGUUUUAAUUUGUAAAUGUUCAAAAAAGGAAACACUUGCCACCAACAACAACCUUUGUUUUCAAGCUCUGUGUUGGAGACUGCCUUCUCAAUUUUACUCUUUACUUUUCCUACCAGGUGCUGCAAAUUUUAUCCUUCUUGAAACAAAGUUUUGCUGCUCUUCAGCUAAAUUUCUUGAAAUAUUUGCGUGUGCAUGUUUGGGUUUGUUGUUGUUGUUGUUUGUUUUUUGCCUCUAACUUAUGCUGGUGGUUUUGUGAGGAAGGCUGCACUUUGUGGAAUCGCCAGAGAGAUGUGCUCAGUUCAAAAACAUACUUCCCUUCCCUUCUGGGAAAAUUCAUCUUCGCUGUGCCUAUUAGUUUUUUUCUAGGUUAUAUGGAAGGGUGACAAACAUAAGCCGACUACUGCUGUUUAUGUCUGCUAGGUUUUCUCCAGGAAUUAAAUAUCAGUUUUCUUUAUGCAUUUUAUAUCCCUCUCUUUUUGGAAGGACACGUUUUUUCAGAAAUGGAUAGCACCCUGUGUCCAUUUUUUAGAACAUACGUCUCUGGAGUUUGUCUUAUGCAUCAGUUUGACUAUACAAGAUAGGGUUUUUUUCCCCCUAAUCACUUCAGAAUACUGGAGGAUUUACUAUACACACACAUGCGCGCGCACACACACACAUACUUUUUUAUUGUGUUACCCUGCAUAAAAGGAUGUUUAAAAAUGAAUGUCUAAAAAGCAUCCUGAAAGUGUGUGUAACUUCAGGCUGUGCCAAUGAGAGAAUGAAAAUGACUUGAGUCAUUAUUAAGAUUUGUUUUUUCCACUUGAGUCCCAUUCUUUCAUCAAAACGUUCUGUGUGCAAACCUGUCAUAGACUAGAAAUGUCUGUGUUUCAUUUCUGAUUGUAACCUUAGUUGUUUUAUAUACUUUUAAAAAGAUAACUUUUGGAAUAAAUCUAUUUGUACUAUU